AUGAAGAUCUCUACUAUCGCCCUCUUCCUCCUCGGUACUGUCGCCGCUGUCCCCGCCGACAAGGCCGCUGACAAGCCUGUCGAGAUGGCCACCACCGUCGACAACAAGGCAUCCUGCAGCAUCUCUUGCAGCCUCUGGUACAAGAAGUGCUAUUUCCGUCCUUGGGCCUACACCUGCGAUGAUCACGGUAACUUCAGGCGUCGCGGCUGGAACCCUGACUGUGACGCCAACUGCUGGUGCAUUUGCGACGCCAAGCUCUAA